UGGAAAUGGACACAUAAUUUGAUCCUUAUGUGGUAAUCAUAUUUCUCAUAACAUUUUACAAACAGAAUGGGUUAUCUUUUUAUUUUUAUCAAAUUUCCCACAAAAGGAGGCACCAUAGAUAAAACAUAAAUUAGACUAGGGUCUAAAGGAAGGAAGGAAGGAAGCUUUGGAGAGGAGGCCUUGAUAAAUGUUCAUGGCUUAGUGGAAAGAGUCAGUCUCUAAGUAGAGAGAUUAUCAUAGAAGUGACUUCUUUUGGAGUUGUCUAGAUAAUAACACAAUAAGAUACUACAACUUAGGUUGCAGAGAUUUUUACGGCUGCUGGGGAAGCUUUCUCACAUUUGGGUGAGUUAACAAUGCAGCUGCAUCCACUGAAUAAUGAUACUGCCACGUCACCCUUGACAACAACUACAAGGUUUGCAAGUUUAUACAUUAAGUGUAGCUCAGUGAUUAGUGUGAGAAUAAACUGAGAUGAUGUUAUUGCUUUGCUUGUGCAAAAACAUUUUCCAAAAUUACUGGCAUUUAAAACUGAUAUGGAAAUAAAUGUAUGCAAGCUCAAUUAAUCUCUAUUUUGACUUUUUAAUUGCUUGUUCUAUUAAAUAUUAUCUUGAAGAUGGAUAAAAACUGUUAAAAAAAUAAAAAUGCACCAAGUGCAUCAUUGAGUUAUAUAAGCAAGUGGGAAUUUUUCUUGAGUGAUCUUAAAAAUUCCCAAGUGCUCAUAUAACUCAACAAUGCUCAUGGAACAAUUUUUUUUAUUUCUUUUAUAAAAUGUAUUAUGAAUUGCACACGCUUAUACUGAUGAGAUAGGCUGUGUGCAUUAUAUCUCAACACUGCACUCAUGUGAUGCAAGGUGCGUACUUUAUGGAAAUAUAAUGAACUCGUUCUGACUAAUCACAGCGUGCAUAUUUCUCUGGACAUUUUAUAAUAGACUAUAUACCACACAAGGGAAAAGUGUUUUUUGCACACCUUUCUUUAGAAGUGAAUAGCAAGUGCUGUUCAACUCUUAGCAGCUGAUGAGACAAAACAACAUAUCAAGAAUUUAAUUUUGGACCAUUUUUAAGUAUAUUGCAAGAAAUAAACUGAUUUUUUGGCUCUGAUGAAGGGCUCAUGCUUGAAAUGUCAGCUUUGAAACUCUCUACGGUGGCCAAUUUACAUAAGCAACUUAGUUGAUAAAACCAAAUGGUCUAAUUUUUUGGUAUCUGUGUGUUAUGCACUGACACAAUUAUUUACCCCAAUGUCCUUGAAAGUGGUGGAUAUUUACCAGUACCUUGCCACUUCCUGGCUUGAUAAAUAUCUGCCACUGUUCACCUCCACUAUGGUAAAUAAUUUAUACCUGUAAUUAUUUUAUGAAUCAGGGUGACUGAAUGUCAUUUGAUAACCAGCAGCUCAAAUCACCAGGUUUGCAUGAGUUUAUCACCUAAUAAGAGAUUCCAAACACGGACAUAAAUCUUUCUCCAUUCCACUUCCACCUUUAAUUGUCUUUCAAUCUGUUAAAGCAACAGUGGCAAGUGGGGAGAUGAAGAAAUUGAAAUGUUAAGAAGUGCAGUCAAGAGGUUUGGAGAUGACUUGAAGAAGAUCAGUGGGCAAGUGAAAAGCAAGUCUGUGUAAGUAGUUGAAUUUGGAUGUUAUUGGAAAAAAAUUAAUUAAUUACCUUUGGGAUAUAGUCAUCAACUGACUUUUGGCAUCAAACAUGAUGAAGAUGUAUAUUACGUUAAAGGUAUAGCAGAAAGACUUAUUCUUGAUGUUGAGAAGUUUUGAGCUUUACUGGCUAAAAGGCUUUUUGAACAUUCAGUACUGAUUUUACCUUUGACCUCCAUGUGUACAUUGACUUUUCAUUGUCUAGCACUAUUGCAGGUUAGCACCCACUUCCAAAUGUUCACCAUAAAGUCUGCAAAGUGCAAUUCUUUUUUAAUUCUGUUUUUAUCCAAAUUUUUAGGAUAUAUAUAUAGGAUAUAUUUAAUAUCCUACUGCCCUCAACUAUUAAGGCCUGGGCUUUAAGCUGCUUCAGGUGUGAGUUGAGGGGCUUCCUCAAAAUAUAUCAGCCAUUUGAAUGGGGAAGAGGGAGGCAGUUUUUAUACCUUGUUCAUAUACGUUUAGAAAUUCUAUUUUUUAAUUUUUCAUGGUUUUCCCUAGGGCAAUGUAACAACAUCAACCUCUUUUUUCCCAUUUAAUAUGUAUUUUAGAGAUAUUAUAAUUUUGUUUGAUCAUAUUGAAGAAAUAUUUUAGGUUGUUUUUUUUUACCUAAUAUAUUCAUCCUUUUAUCCUGAGAGACACCAUAAAGUAACACACCUUGAUGGUUUUUAGGUUUUCACACCAUUUAUUUUUCUUCUUCAUUAUUAAUCAUUUUAUAAAAGACAUUACAUGACUGCAUAGAGAUAUGAAGUUUCUCGUGGAGUCUUGAAAAAUGUUUUGCAAGUGAGGGAAGCAAGCUUGUGAAAUAUUUUUCAACACCAGAAGAGAAAUUUCAUAUCUCCAAGCAGCCAUGUAAUAUUCUUUUUAAUUUAAAAACACCAAUGAAAUACUAAAUCAAAGGUGUUGCAUCAAAAGGUACAAUUUUUUAUAUGUAAUUAUAACAACAGUGAUCUUAGUGUGAAGAUACAGUAACAUGUUUUGCGCAAAUGCUCACCUGGUAUUUUAUUGAUGUUUGUAUAAUAAAAUUAUAUAUUUACUGCUUGUAAUGAAAUAAAUGAAAUAGAAUUAUGAAAAUGCAAGGAUUUACUAUUAAUCUAGUUGCAAGAAAUUGCAGAUAUGUAAAUUCCAAUAAAUAAAACUCUGGCAUACAGCAUUGACCAAUGUACUUAAUAGUUUAAUUUCAUUGACUGAGGUAUCCAAUAUUAUCCAUGUUGCUGAUCUUAUAACCCGUUAACUUCCACAAAAGGAGAUAUGCUUCCUACUAUAAGGGAAGUACCUGUAAAGUAAGUACCUGUGGCGUACCUGUAAACUAGCUUUUAGCUAAGCGUUCUGACCACAUUAAAUAAAUUGAUUGAUUGAUUGAUUGGAAGUCACUUUUGGCAUUUGUUUUUCAACUGAGCAACAGUUUAUGUUCAAGGUGUAGACAAAUAAAAUUGUUUGUUACCUACUGAAGUAGCACCUCUUUUUAUAUGUUGAGAGAUAGAAUAUUACUACUUCUGUUUGUGAUAUACAUGUGCAUAGCAAGUCUUUCAGCUUACAGGACUAAUAUUGAAUUUGUUUCUUGUUAUUUAAUGUACAAGGGCACAAAUAAAAUCUGCAUUGAAGAGAAGGAUUCAUGAACAAGAAAAUUCCCCACUGAAUACACAGAAAGCAAAGGGUAAAACUUCUCAACAAGCAUCUUUGAGCAGUGAAUCCCAAAGCAAGAAGCGGAAAACAGAGCAAGGUAAUAAACAGUACAACUGUUACUUCAUGCAGUGCUAUGUGCAAUAGUAUAUAUUAAAUGCAAAUCACCAGGGACUGGAAUCUAAGAUAAGAAAAGAAGUAACUUGGAGUGCAAAUUAUAAAUUUUUAUUAUUGUUGAGUCUUCAUUUCUUUGUGGUUUGUCUUGUCACAGCAUCAGUAAGCUCACAUGCUUACCAGGGAUUGGGAUCUAAGAAUAGGAAAGAAGCAAUUUGGAGUGCAAAUUAGACAUUUUUAUUAUUGUUGAGUCUUCAUUUCUUUGUGGUUUGUCUUGUCACAGCAUCAGUAAGCUCACAUGCUUACCAGGGAUUGGGAUCUAAGAAUAGGAAAGAAGCAACUUGGAGUGCAAAUUAGAAAUUUUUAGUAUUGUUGAGUCUUCAUUUCUUUGUGGUUUGUCUUGUCACAGCAUCAGUAAGCUCGCAUGCUUACCAGGGAUUGGGAUCUAAGAAUAGUAAAGAAGCAAUUUAGAGUGCAAAUUAGACAUUUUUAUUAUUGUUGAGUCUUCAUUUCUUUGUGUUUUGUCUUGUCACAGCAUCAGUAAGCUCACAUGCUUACCAGGGAUUGGGAUCUAAGAAUAGGAAAGAAGCAACUUGGAGUGCAAAUUAGAAAUUUUUAUGAUUGUUAAGUCUUCAUUUCUUCAUGUUUUGUCUUGUUACAGCAUUAGGAAGCUCACAUGCUUAUCAGGGAUUGGGAUCUAAGAAUAGGAAAGAAGCAACUUGGAGUGCAAAUUAGAAAUUUUUAUUAUUGUGGAGUCUUCAUUUUUUUCAUGUUUUGUCUUGUUACAGCAUCAGUAAACUCACAUGCUGAUCCAUUGUCAACGUUAUCAUCAGCUAUACCUAGCACCAUUGUUCCUGCGGUAGAUCUGCUGCCUGGAGGUUCUCCAUUAAAACCCAAUGGUGCCUCUGAUAAUGAUGUGGAUAUUGUUGGAAUAUUUAGUAGUGGUGAUCAGGAUGCUGUCUUUCCUGAAAUGCCAGGAGGUAAUUAAAAUUCCCUGUUUAUGGUUUGCUUUGCAAGGCAAUAUUCAAACUAUUUUAAUAUGUGAUGUAUUAUUAUAUUUUGAGUUCCAUAUUUUCUGAUUUCCUCUCAAACUUUUAUUUGGCAGUUAUAUUUUUUAUAUAUGUACCUAUUAGGUAGAUGUUGAUUUUCUUGCAUGAUCCCCAUCAGUUAAUAUUCUGCCUUCUCUUUUCAGCUUUAGGACCACUUGAAACCCAGAUUGCAGAUGAAAUUUUGUCUACAAUGUGA